UAGUUUUUCCUACAUAUUUAUUGUAUAUAUUUUUAUUCAACAUUUACAGCGCGGACGGAAAACCUCCAAAGUUUCCAGCAUGCAGACGCGCUGAAGUGUCGCUGCUCUGAGCGGUUCAGCUGCAGGGAGAGACCCGCACCAGAGCCCCGGUCUGGGCGCUGCUGAGGCUGAUGCGCGCUGCGCCGCGGACGCUCCAACUUUUUAUACCAUGGUAAGCCUGGAUUACCUUUUUCCUGCAGACGGAGAUAUCAACCGCGUUCUCUUUGGCGUCUAAAAAUAACGGCGGCGGUAGCGCAUCGGGAGCUGCGGUGUGAUGUGACGCCCCGGGUCGCUGUUUGAAGUUGGCACCGAAAAUAAAGACUGAAGUCCAUAAAAUGCAGAAGAGCGUGCGGUACAAUGAGGGCCACGCUCUGUAUCUGUCGGUGGUUGCGCGUAAAGAGGGCACCAAGCGCGGCUUCCUGAGCAAGAAGACCACGGAGAACAGCCGCUGGACCGAGAAGUACUUCGCCCUCUACCAGAACGUUCUCUUCUACUUCGAGAACGACCAGAGCACGAGACCCUCCGGUAUCUACCUGCUGGAGGGAUGCACGUGCGAGCGGGCACCGGCGCCCAAAGUGUCCGCGAUCAGCAAGGAGCCGGUGGAGAAACAGCAGCAUUACUUCUUGGUCAUUUUUGGCCACGAUGGACAGAAACCUUUGGAACUGCGGACAGAAGAAGAGCCGGACUGCAACGAGUGGGUGGAGUGCAUCCAGCAGGCCAGCUACUCUGACAUCAUCAUCGAGCGUGAGAUCCUGAUGCAGAAGUAUAUCCACCUGGUCCAGAUCAUGGAGACUGAGAAGGUCGCAGCCAAUCAGCUUCGCACUCAGCUGGAGGACCAGGACACAGAGAUCGAGCGGCUUAAAGCCGAGAUUGUAGUGCUGAAUAAAACCAAGGAGAGGAUGCUGCCUUACCAGAACAACCAAGAGGAAGAAGACCCAGAUAUUAAAAAGAUCAAAAAGGUGCAGAGUUUCAUGCGUGGCUGGCUCUGCCGGAGGAAGUGGAAGAUCAUCGUCCAGGACUACAUCUGCUCCCCUCAUGCCGAGAGCAUGAGGAAGAGGAACCAGAUUGUGUUCAACAUGGUGGAGGCCGAGACGGAGUACGUCCACCAGCUCUCUAUCCUGGUCAACUGUUUCCUCCGGCCGCUUCGCAUGGCAGCCAGCUCCAAGAAGCCUCCGAUCAGCCACGACGAUGUCAGCAGCAUCUUCCUCAACAGUGAGACCAUCAUGUUUCUGCAUGAGAUCUUCCACCAAGGUCUAAAGGCUCGCAUUGCUAACUGGCCCACUCUGGUUCUGGCGGACCUGUUUGACAUUCUGCUGCCCAUGCUGAACAUCUACCAGGAGUUUGUGCGAAACCACCAAUACAGUCUGCAGGUGCUGGCAAACUGUAAGCAGAACAGAGACUUCGACAAGCUGCUCAAACAGUACGAGUCCAACGCUGCUUGUGAGGGCCGCAUGUUGGAGACGUUCCUCACUUAUCCCAUGUUCCAGAUCCCACGAUACAUCAUCACUCUUCACGAGCUGCUGGCGCACACACCUCAUGAACAUGUGGAGCGCAAGAGUCUGGAGUUUGCCAAAUCAAAACUGGAGGAGCUGUCAAAGAUGAUGCACGAUGAAGUGAGCGACACAGAGAAUAUCAGGAAGAACCUGGCCAUCGAGCGGAUGAUCGUGGAGGGCUGCGACAUCCUUUUAGACACGAGUCAGACCUUUGUCAGACAAGGCUCUCUCAUCCAGCUGCCAUCCAGCAGCGAACGGGGCAUGCUCAGUAAGGUCCGCCUGGGCUCCCUGUCCCUGAGGAAGGAAGGCGAGCGACAGUGUUUCUUGUUUACCAAACACUUCCUCAUCUGUACCCGAACAUCUGGAGGGAAGCUUCACUUACUCAAGCAGGGAGGAACGUUGUCUCUGAUCGAGUGCACUCUGAUUGAGGAACUAGACGCCAAUGAUGAAGACUACAACGCAGCAGGUCAAGGCUUCAACCAUCUGGAGUUUAAAAUUGUGGUGGAGCCUCCUGAUGGUCAGAGCUUCUCUGUCGUCCUCUUGGCUCCGUCCCGUCAGGAGAAAGCUGCCUGGACCAGCGACAUCAGCCAGUGCAUCGAUAACAUCCGGUGUAAUGGCCUGAUGACCAGCGUGUUUGAGGAGAACUCCAAAGUUUCUGUCCCGCACAUGAUCAAGUCUGACGCCAGGCUGCAUAAAGACGACGUCGACAUUUGCUUUAGCAAGACGCUUAAUUCCUGCAAGGUCCCGCAGAUCCGAUACGCCAGCGUGGAGCGCCUGCUGGAGCGUCUGACCGACCUGCGCUUCCUCUCCAUAGAUUUCCUCAACACCUUCCUCCACACCUACAGGAUCUUCACCACAGCAGCCGUGGUCAUCGACAAGCUCGCUGACAUCUACAAGAAGCCUUUCACCUCCAUACCCGUCAGGAUCGAGCAGCAUUCAUGUGACCGUCUAUCCAUCAUGUCCCUCUGUCCUGACUACAGUCUGAAGAUAACACAGCUUGCACUGGACCAGUCUAAGUCUCUGGAGCUCUUCUUCGCCACCAACCAGGGCGUGUGGGGAACCGACCCGUUGAACAACAAAUCACCGAGGCUGUGUCGCAAGUUCUCCUCCCCGCCUCCCCUCUCCAUCCCCUCUCGCACCUCCUCCCCUGUCCACUGCCGCAAGCUCUCGCUCAGCUCUCCGAUCGGUAUGAAAGCAGGAGCUUUAGACCUCUCCACCACCCCUUCCUCCUCAGCAGCCAACUCCCCCACCUCCAGUCACAGCCCCUCCAUCUCCUCUCCUCCUCCCGGCUCAACCAGGCCCCCCUCGGGCUUCUCCUCACCUCCGCCCACCGCCACGCGCUCUCCCAGCCUCCCCCAGGCCUCUGGGGUCUCCUCGCCGCCCCCCAUCUCCACCAAGGCCCCGCUGGACCUGAGCCGCGGUCCCAGCUCUCCAGAGCUGAGUCCAGCUGCAGGGGAGGACGUCAGCGGAGAGCUGCCUCGCAUCGACGCCUUCUGUGGGAAGCUGAGGCGCAGCAUCCGCAGGGCCGUCCUGGAGUCAGUAUCACUGGACAAGUUUAUUCCUGAAUCACCAGCCAGCAGCGAGCCGGGCGACAUGUCUCCCUGCCGCUCCCCUUCCACGCCGAGGCAUCUCCGCUACCGACAGUCAGGAGUCACAUCGGGGGAGAACGCUCGCUGCACCAUGUCGCCAGCUUCAGCGUUCGCCAUCGCCACGGCUGCUGCCGGGCACAGCAGCUCCCAGGGUUUUAGUAAUUCAGAGAAAGCCUGCGACAAAGAAUUCAUCAUCCGCAGAGCUGCUACCAACAGAGUUCUGAAUGUGCUACGACACUGGGUUUCCAAACACUCCCAGCUCUAUGACAAGAAUCCUACUGCUCUGGAGGAUUACUUUCCAUACAGUUCUGUUAUCAGUGUGACUAUUGCCCUUUCCCAAGAGGAACAGGACGACACCCAGCUGAGGAUAGAGGACAUUUUACAGAUGGCGGAGAGUCCAAAGGCAGAGUGUUUCGAGUCGCUCUCGGCCAUGGAGCUGGCGGAACAGAUCACCCUGCUGGAUCACAUCGUGUUCAGGAGUAUUCCCUAUGAGGAGUUUCUGGGUCAGGGCUGGAUGAAGGUCGACAAAACUGAGAGGACUCCGUACAUCAUGAAGACCAGCCAGCACUUCAACGAUAUGAGUAACCUGGUGGCGUCUCAGAUCAUGACCCACACUGACGUGGGCUCCAGAGCCAGCUCCAUAGAGAAGUGGCUGGCGGUGGCCGACAUCUGCCGCUGCCUCAACAAUUACAACGGCGUGCUAGAGAUCACUUCCGCCCUCAACCGCAGUGCCAUCUACCGGCUGAAGAAGACCUGGGCCAAAGUCUGCAAACAGACAAAAGCGCUGAUGGACAGGCUGCAGAAGACAGUGUCGUCGGAGGGGAGGUUCAAGAACCUCAGAGAGACACUAAAAAACUGUAACCCUCCAUGUGUCCCGUACCUGGGCAUGUACCUCACUGACCUGGCCUUCAUCGAGGAGGGGACGCCCAACUUCACCGAGGAGGGCCUGGUUAACUUCUCUAAGAUGAGGAUGAUUUCCCACAUCAUCCGGGAGAUCCGUCAGUUCCAGCAAGCACCUUACAGGAUAGAGCACCAGCCCAAAGUGACUCAGUUCCUGCUGGAUAAAACCCUGGUGAUGGAUGAAGAUACUCUCUACGAGCUCUCACUCAAGAUUGAACCCAGAGUUCCACCUGGAUAAUUCUAACUCCAUUUCAUACACAAAAAUAUCACACACACACAUGUAAAUACAUGUUAUCACAGUUACCAACACAACACAGCUUCAUUUUUCAUAAAGCAGUCGUUGUUGUAAGGAAACUCAGGAGAAAAUGUGCCUUGUUGAAAGAACAUCUGAAGUGUAUAUUUAAUGAACAGACUGUGUCAGACGCGACUCUUUGCCAUACGAUCGAACAGUUAUGACUGUAGUAGCGUCGUGUUAGCUACUGAACAUGGCACUAGAAAGUAACCAGUUGCUGCUAUCACACUGUAAAUACCAAACAAUCUGCCUCUGUAGUCUUGCACAUAAACACUGUCAGAUGAGUUUUACAUUAUUUGUAUGAUCAUGGCUGAAUGAACCUGCUCGGGGCCCCUGCUGACCCCCGUUUCACCUGCUCUCUGUGUAUUGUGUACAGUGUUUGUAUGCUAGAACAGCACAAAGCCCCGGGGUUGCUGUGUCGUCGUUUGUAGGUUGAUGGGAUGUUUAAUCAGGAAAAUUGAGAAUAAAAAUGAAUUUUACAGCAGGAGACAAGCAGAA